GCAGGUAGAGCUGCCCCGCGGCCAGCGCAGACGGACCGGAUGAAGGGCCGCCGCCUCUGCGUUUUCGACGCGGCCCGGGGUCCCCGGCGCCUCAUGCGCGUGGGCCUGGCGCUGAUCCUGGUGGGCCACGUGAACCUGCUGCUGGGGGCCGUGCUGCACGGCACCGUCCUGCGGCACGUGGCCAACCCCCGCGGCGCCGUCACCCCGGAGUACACCACGGCCAAUGUCAUCUCCGUGGGCUCCGGGCUGCUGGUGAGCGGGGCCGGGCCGGGCCGGGCCGGGCCUCGGGGCCGGCUGUUGGCGCCAGAGAGCGGCGCGGGCCUCAGGUUUUGUUUCUUCCAGAGCGUUUCCGUGGGACUGGUGGCCCUUUUGGCAUCCAGGAACCUUCUUCAACCACGACUGCACUGGGCGCUGCUGGCAGUAGCUCUGGUCAACCUUUUCUUGUCUGCUGCCUGCUCCAUGGGCCUCCUCCUCGCUGUGUCACUCACUGUGGCCAAUGGCGGCCGCCGUCUUAUUGCCGACUGCCAUCCAGGACUGCUGGAUCCUUUGCUACCACUGGACCAGGGGUCUGGACACACUGACUGCCCCUUUGAUCCCACAAGAAUCUAUGACACAGCCUUGGCUCUCUGGAUCCCUUCUUUGCUCAUGUCUGCAGCCGAGGCUGCUCUCUCUGGUUACUGCUGUGUGGCCGCGCUCACCCUGCGUGGGGUUGGGCCCUGUAGGAAGGAAGGGCUACAGGAACAGCUGGAGGAACUGACAGAGCUUGAACUUCCUAAAUGUAAAAGGCAGGAAAAUGAGCAGCUACUGGAUCAACCUCGAGAAGUCUGGACAUCACAGAAAAAUUGGGUUUAGGGACAGGUGCUGAUCUGGAGGCUCAGUCCACGACGGUUUUCCACUGGUCCCUGGGAUAUGUUUAUAUAAUAACAGUCAUAAUAAAAGAACUUCUACUUGA